AUGUUCCUCGCCGAAAGCCAGCUUGCGAACACUUAUGAGGAUGAGCUAGCGUCUAUGCGGACCCUGUUCGUGGGGUUCGUAGGAUUCACUGUUUACAUUUGGGACCACUUGAUCACUUUUGGAGACGAGGUCGAUUUGAUCUGGACUGGCAAAAAGGGCCUGCCAAUAUAUCUGUUCUUAAUAAACAGGUACCUCACCCCGUUGGGAUUCAUCAUCAACCUCGUUGCGUACACAUUGCCUUCAUGGAAACAAUCGGUUUCGUUUGUUGACCAUUUGUCAAGAUGUGGGCAUUUUGUGAGGUUCGAGGGUGCGAUGACUGCUAUUGGGAUUGAGCUUGCGGGAUUGAUGAUGCUCUUACGGGUACGUGCCAUGUACCCCGGCAAAAAUCCCGUAAUCGCCGCCGUCCUCGUUAUCUUCGCUGUGUGGGUUGGAGUUACUGCAUGGCUGUUGGCCGGGGCUGGACCCGUCGACCACAACGGCGAUGGGGUUCAUUCUUGCACAAUGAUUUUUAGCUCUUCUGCCAAUCGAGCCGCUGCAGCCUCGACUGCUUGGCUUCCCCUCCUCUACGACACUGUCGUAUUCGGUCUCACACUGUAUCGCACGCUCCCUCACAUUCUGCACAAACAAGCUGGCUUUGUUAUCCAUUCUUUAUUCGCCGAUGGUUUACUUUAUUAUAGCGUCAUUUGCUGCAUCAACCUCGUCCUUACCAUCAUGAUUGUCCGUGCACCGCCAGGGUUACAAAACAUCACAGCACAACUUGAACUAUUAGUCACUGUCACGAUGAUGUCUCGCAUAACGCUGAACAUACGGAAGAAAGAUCGAUAUGGGGACGCUCAAACAAUUGACGACGACUCUUCGGGGAUAAUCACCAGCGAUACCACCCGGCUCCAGUCCCGGCAUUCAUCGCAGACAAAGUCUUUUUCAAGUCGUUCUGCAUCUGCAUUUGUGCCACCAGCUAUCAACUACGGCAACUACAGCAAACGUCCAGGCUCAGCCGACUCGGAUAUGUCUGAUUCUCCAACCAUCCGAGUCUCGGACCCAUUCGAAGUGCCACCGCGGCGCAAGCGACUAAGUACUAUCCUCGACAUGUCGCUGGCGGGCUCACCACUACAACCGAGUUCUCCGGUGGAUCAUUUUACAGACGAGGAGUUGCGACUAUCACCCACGCAGGAUCUUGAACACCGGGCCGAGUCACCGGGCGAGGUGAUGCUAUUUGCUUCGCCCCCACCUUCAGCGCGGAGCGCGUCUGUACAUUCGACGCGUUCUCCCCGACGCGAGGAGUUCGAGGAUGAUCUGCGGUUCUUUGUCCGCGAGUCGGAUCGUAACGCGCGAUUGGCGCGGCGGCAGCAUAGCGAAUGCGAAGAUGACCUUCGCUUUGAAAACCCCCAUUCCGCUCGCGCCGACCUCUUUCCACACCAUGAAGGGCCAGAAGACGACGACACCCUCCGAUACUACGUGCCAAACUCGAACGCGAAUGACUUUUUCUCGCGUCGGAGGUGGACCUCGGACAAUGAGUCAAUACCGCAUCCAUAUUCGAGUCGAAGCGAGUCGUUCCAGCUACGACCAGUGUCGGCACGAUCGGCUGCAUUUUCGUUUUCUGGGGACGUCGAGGCACAGUCUCAGCGGUUAUCAAGAACACUGCCGGUACCGCCCCCCAUUGCGGCUGCAUCUCAAACGCCGAAUACACCACUCACACCCACAACACCCAGAACGCUCCGGGCGCUUCCACAGACGCCUAUUGAACGAGUGUUCGGACUGCCUGGGAGUGGUAGUGGGUGA